AUGGCUGCGGGUCAGAAAGUAUAUCCCCGGGCAACAGUCCGAAAAAUAGUAAAGGCGCACUCAAAGUGUAAUGUCAGCAAAACUGUAGACUCCCUGAUAUUUUUGGACUAUUCUCUCUUCUUACAAACACUUAUGAGAGAGGCCUCGAUCAACGCGAGGCAGGCAGGAGAGCGGGGAGUAAGCAUGAACAGCGUGAAGAAAGUCACUGAGGAAACACUAGCGAAGUACAAAGGUUGA